AUGGCCGCCGCCUCGACGACUUCGCUCUCGCGACCCGAGACCCUGUCCCUCCUCGCCCUCUCCGGCGCAUCCCUCGCCGUCCUCGCAAACACAUUCCACGGCGAUGGCGAACCCCUCAUCGCUUCGCUCUCGCUCUCCCUGCUCGCCUUCUCUAUCUGCUAUGCCAUGAUACGCUGGUUGGGGCCGACCUUUAUGCGCGCCGGCUUCCGUGGUCGCGACAUGAGCAAGCUGCACCGUCCCGACAUCCCAGAGUGCAUGGGCGCUGUAUGCGCUGCUGUCUAUCUCAUCACCGUCAUGGUCUUCAUCCCUUUCCCCUUCUACAAGGACAUUGUGGCUGCGACGAGUGGUGGUGGAAAUCGCGAUGUCGUCGUCGAGCUGGAGCAAGUCAACCAGGGGCGCUUCCUGCACCGCUUCCCCCACAACAAGCUUGCCUCCUACCUGAGCGCCAUCAUCUCCCUCCAGACCAUCGCUCUCCUCGGAGUUGGCGACGACCUCUUUGACAUUCGAUGGCGGCACAAGUGGUGGAUUCCUGGUCUGGCUUCCAUCCCCCUGCUCGUUGUCUACUUUGUCGACUUUGACGUCACCUCGAUCGUCCUCCCCGUCCAGCUCCAGCCCUACCUAGGAGAGCUCUUCGAUCUCGGUCCCUUCUACUACGUCUACAUGGCCUGCGUCGCCAUGUUCUGCCCCCAGAGCAUCAACAUGUUGGCUGGCAUCAACGGCAUCGAGGUUUCCCAGUGCGUCGUCGUUGCCCUGCUCCUCGUCUUCAACGAUUGUCUCUACCUCUUCACGCCCUACCCUCACCCCGCCACCGACUCGCAUCUCUUCUCGCUCUACUUCCUCCUCCCCUGGAUCGGCGUCUCUUGCGCUCUGCUCUGCCACAACUGGUACCCCGCCAAGGUCUUUGUUGGCGAUACCUACUGCUACUUCUCGGGCAUGGUUUUCGCAGUUGUCGGCAUUCUCGGCCACUUUUCAAAGACUCUCGGCCUCCUCCUCAUCCCGCAGCUGUUCAACUUUCUCUACUCGUGCCCACAAAUUUUCGGUCUUAUCCCUUGUCCACGCCACCGACUCCCUCGCUUUAAUGCACGAACCGGUCUUCUCGAGCCCUCCGUCACCCCAUGGUCUCCUGAGCGCCAACCCCACCCCCUCAUCGCUCAAGUCCUCCACCUGCUGGCCAAGCUCCGACUCCUCAAGGUCACAACCGACGAGAAGGGUCAGUUUGUCGAGACGAGCAACUUUACCAUCCUCAACCUGUGGCUCGUCUGGCGCGGGCCCCUGCGCGAAGAUCGCCUCGCCUUUGAGGUGACCAUGCUGCAGCUUGUGGUUGGCCUAUUUGGCUUGUUCGUGAGGCACCGUCUUGCUCUGUUGGUAUUUAAGGAAGACAACUGGGGGACUGUGCACUACUAG